AGGAAUGAUUAAAAAUGACUCCAAUAUAAUUUGAAUAUAAUUUGAUUCUAUGACUUUAACAGUGCACUUUUUAAUGGAUUUUGCUUUUCAAAAGCCGAGGAAACCUUAUCUACUUUGGAGGCAUUUCUUAGACAAUUCUAAUUACAUACAGUAGAUCUCACUAUCCUUCGAUAGACUUUUUUGCGAUUAUUCUCACUCGCUGUCCUCGCGCGUUAACUGGAUCAAUGAAAUUUCCAAAGGAGUCAACCCUAAGAUAUCUCAAGGAGUCAUAAGUGACAAUUACCGCCGUUAUACUGCGGAUUGCAUUUUCGAUCACCUAUUUCUUCGCGAUCGCCGCUUGUCCUCGCUCGUUAACUCAAUUAAUAUAGGCUCGGCACUUCCCUCUUCUUCCCCCGCGCGAUUCUUUGUCGCGGCGAGUCGACAGACGUGGCCGACAGGUUGGCCGACCGGAUCUCCAACGGUACCGUACGGCCGUACCCCAGGAAAAGCCGAGCGCGGCACCGCACCGGCCAGAUUCACGCCGCCACGCCGUCCAAUUCCCAGUUUGUCGCGCUUAACCGGUGCGCGUGGUCCGACCUGUCGCGCCGUUCUCACUCGCGGAAGAAACGUUCGAGGUGUAGUGGUCACCCAGGAUCGAGCGGAUCAAGUAGUAAUGACAAUGCGGUGCCGGGCGUCGUCGAUCGUCGUCGCAGCCGCGUUUCUGAUCGUCCUGCUGAACGGCGCGAUCGGCAAGCUGCGGGUCGCUUACCGAUGGAAGCAGAUCGAUUACGAGUGGCCGAACAACGACAUUAAGAGGCUCUUCCCGGAUUACAAGCAGGAGGACAACCUACCCUUGGGUCUGGAGGUGGUCGGCGAUCGGCUCUUCAUUACGGUGCCGAGAUGGAGGCAGGGAGUUGCCGCCAGUCUCAAUUACAUUUGGCUCAACGACACGCGCGAGUCGCCACCCUUAAUCCCGUAUCCUUCCUGGGAGGCCCAUCAAUACGGCGCCGCCGGCGUGCCGGAGAUCGUCUCGACGUUUCGCGUGCGCGCCGACCGUUGCAACCGGCUCUGGAUUCUGGACACGGGGCUGACGGACAUCCUGGGCAACCCCGAGCAGCAGGCGCCGCCUGCGUUGAUCGUCUACGACCUGGCGACCGAUCGUAUGCUGCGCAAAUACGUUAUACCGUCCGACCAGAGGACCGCCGAUUCCCUGUUCGCCAACAUCGCCGUCGAAGAUUACUCGUGCGAGGACUCGUACGGCUACCUGGGCGAUCUGGGCGGCCCGGGUCUCGUCGUCUACUCCUGGAAUCUUCGCAAGUCCUGGCUCGUCAAGCAUCACUCUUUCCAUCCGGAUCCGAUGGGCGGAGAUUUCAAGGUGUCGGGAAUAUCGUUCCAAUGGAAUGACGGCCUGUUCGGAAUGGCUCUCGCGCCGACUGGUGAUGGUUACAGCACCAUGUACUAUCAUCCACUCUCCAGCGGCAUGGAAUUUUCCGUCAGUACAAGGUUAUUGCGCGAUCCUCAGCGUGCCAGUGCUGCGGAAACGUCCCACGAAUUCCAAACGCUGGGCUCACGUGGACCCAACGGCCAGAGCAGCGUCAGCUUCCUGGAUCCGAAAACCGGAAUUCUCUUUUACGCGCUUACGAAUCUAAACGCCAUCGCCUGUUGGAGACCGCAGAAUAAAUUCACCGUGCAGCAGCAGGGCUACGUUUACCAGGAUAACGUCACCAUGAUUUUUCCCAACGAUCUUAAGGUCGAUCGAAAUGGCAACUUGUGGAUCCUCUCCGACAGACUGCCCGUCUUCAUGUACUCGCAGUUGGACCUGCACGAUUAUAACUUUAGGAUACUUAUGGGGUCGACCCAGGAACUCAUCAUGGGUACGGUUUGCGGAUCGACAUCGUUUACACCUUACUCCACGACGUCGAUUUACGAUCACAGAGAUCACAUAGAUCACAUGGAUCACAAUAAUCACAUUGAUCACAGAGAUCACACGAUGAGCUUGACGCCCAGGAUCGGAAACUCUGCCGGUUUUGUAAAGACAGAGAUCGCGACCAUGAUGUUAUUGAUAUGCCUGAGCAAAGCUCUUGUUUGAAGAGCGACUACGAAAAAUUUGGGAACGAGAAUUAAAAUAAUAGAAUUAGAGAUAAGAUAAAAGUAAAAUUAAGAGCAAAUGUAGAUAGAGAUAGAAAGGACGAGAGGAUAAGGGAGAAGAAGAAAGAUAUGGAAUAUUCAUUAUAUUAAUAUUAUUUUUUUUAUAAAAUGAUUUCCGUAAUUUAGAAUAACCUUCAAUGAAGUGAAGUAACUGAAUUGACCAAACAAAGUUUUAUCGAUAAUGUAUAGAACUAUCACUUAUCGUAAAAAUAUGGAAAACUGAUAUUUAUUUAACUGCGGUUACAAAAUUAGAGCUAUCAUUCCUAUUAUCGGAAACUUAUUUAUCAUCCAAUUGCUUCACUUGAGCCUAUCUUUUAAAAGUCCGAAAAAUGUAGCGUAUUAGUAAUUAUUCUAAUUAUAUAAUAAUUUGAUUACUACAAAUAUAUAUGUAUUUUUAGAAGAGUUCAGAUUGCAGUAAAAAGAAAAACACAAAGGAUUGGCACAAAUUGUUUAGAUCGCGAUCUAGUGAAUAAUGGACCCAUAUUAAUUGGAUAGCUUUCACGUGCACAGUACAAGCGUUUUCUGAUUAGACGUUCGUUUUCUCGUUUGUUUAUCUCUCGAGGAAUCGUUUCUCUCCUUCGUCGAGUAUACUAUUGUUAUUUACUCACGCUAAAACUGCCAUUGUAUUUACGUGUCAGAUGUAAUAUAAUAUAUACCAUGAGAAAAAAGAAGUAUCUCCAAUCCA